AUGCAAGUGAUGAAGUUCACCAUUGAGGAAAUCAACAACAGCGCAGAUCUGCUUCCAGGGGUGAGCCUGGGCUAUGAGAUCUUCGAUUACUGCUCUGACAUAGGCAGCCUUCUGUCUGCUUUGGAUUUCUCCGUGUGUGGGGACUCUAUUCAUGUAGGAACCCAACGAGCCUGUCGACCCAAAGUCAUCUCUGUUACCGGCCCAUUUGGGAGUACAGAGACCAUUACCGUAUCUCAGCUGUUUCUGUCCAACCUUCUGCCUAUGGUGACACAUGGAGCUUCUAGCGUUCAGCUCAGCAACAGGCAGAGAUUCCCGUCCUUUUUCCGCACGAUUCCCAGUGACAAGUUCCAAGUGCAGGCUAUUGUCCAGAUACUGAGAAAGUUCCGAUGGAACUGGGUGGCCUUCAUCGGCGGUGACACCGACUAUAGCCGGGAUGCUCUAGCUGUGUUUGAGAGUGAAAUAAAGUCAGCCGACAUUUGCUUGGCCUACAGAGGCAUUAUCUCGGUCUCAAACGACUCUGCAAACGCUUUAAUGUUAGAAGUGAUCGAUCAGCAGCAUGUCGAGGUUAUUGUGCUCUUUGCCCACAUAGAGCAUGUGACUCUCCUCUUGAGGACGGCGAUUAAAAACAACGUGCAAAAGGUUUGGAUCGGAAGCGAGACCUGGUCCCUGAGCUCAGAACUGAUCAAAGAGAACGACAUAGAACAUCUGGGCACCGUCUUAGGGGUCACUCUGCAACAAAUGGGUCCCCUAAAAGGGUUAAAAGAGUUCAUCCACCGGUCUGUGAGUUCCACACCUCCAGGCUCUGGUCACACGUGUGGCCAGAUAUGUGAGAAGUGCACAAAUGUUACGGCCGAGACGAUCUACUCACAGGACUCCACGUUCAGUUUCAGCAUCUACUCAGCAAUCUAUGCCAUAGCUCACGCACUCCACUCAACCCUGUCUUGCAGUCCAUCAUCUUGCAUCAAUCUGACUGUCGAACCUAAUAUGCUCAUCAAAGCACUGAAGAAGGUCAAGUUGAAAUUAUACAACCACAGGAUAGAGUUUGACGAGAAUGGUGAUCCCCCAGCUUUCUAUGAUAUCGUGUUCUGGGAUUGGAAAAACAACAGCCCUUUUGUCACAGUUGGGUCAUUCCACUCACUGCCAACACUUAAAUUCAGUCUUGACCAAGGUCUUAUCACCUGGCACACUGCUGGGUACAGGAGAGUGGAGUCCAGCUUUCAUUCCUGUUGCUUUGGCUGUGAGAUCUGCAGAGCAGGAACAUACAUCAACCACACAGCAGAACCAAACACCUGCCAAGAGUGCCAAGAGUACGAGUGGUCUGGAAAUGGCAGCACAUCGUGCCAGAACCGGACCGUAGUGUUCCUUCGGCACGAUGCGGCCGUCUCCAUCGUCCUGAUGCUCGCCGCCUCCUCCACCAUCCUACUGUGUGGCUGCGUGCUGGCUCUGUUCGUCUACCACUACGACACGCCCGUGGUCAAGUCGGCCGGCGGCAAAAUGUCGCUGCUUGUGCUCGUCUUCCUGGGUCUGUCGUCCGUCAGUGUCUUCUUCUUUGGCGGAAGCCCGUCGGCCAUCACCUGCUGCCUACGCAUCCCAACGUUUCUCGUCUUCUACACCGCCACCCUGUCCUGCCUGGCCGUCCGCUCCUUCCAGAUCGUCUCCGUCUUCAAACUGGCUGCCAAGCUGCCGAAGGCGUACGAGUUCUGGGUCAAGCAUGGCGGACAGUGGCUGGUCGUAGCGAUCUGCACGAUUGCACAGGUGCUCCUGAGCAUUUCGUGGAUGUCCGACAACGCCGGGCCCCAGCCAAGUCAAUUACAACGCUUUAGGGAAACAGUCUUGAUUUGCACAUUCGGCAAUAUAAAUAUUCUGUUUGCUAUGUUCACGUUGGGUAGCCUUCUCAGUUUAGCCUGCUUUGCUUUUGCCUAUAUGGGGACAGACCUUCCUAAAAACUACAAUGAAGGUAAAGCUGUUACUUUCAGCUUGCUCAUUUUCUACAUAUCCUGGGCCUUGUUUCUCACACUGUACUUUGCUUUAGAGGAUAAUCACGUAGACAUCACAGUGGCAAAUGCCUUUUGCAUUUUGCUCAGUAUCUGGGGGGUUCUAUUCGGCUACUUUGGACCAAAAUGCUACAUCAUUCUUUUCCAACCUGACCGCAAUACAGCAACAUACUUUCAAGCAGCAAUCCAGAUUUACAAUCUGCAAAUGAGAUGAACUUCAGAUUGUCAUGAAAUAAUGUAGGAAAUCUCUCUCUCUCACUCACACACACAGAGUUUAAAGCAAUGUAAAAUGAAAGGCUUAUUUUUAUGUUGUAAUGUUUAUUGCACAUACACUGUACAUAGUGAUCUUUAACCUUUCUGUUUAAAUAUUCAGUUGCUAUUUUGAACAUGAGACUCAAGAAAAUUAUGAAUGAAAUAUGACACAAAUGCUGUUCU